CAGUGACACAAAAUCUCAAUUUAAUCCAUUUUAAAUUCAGGCUGUAACACAACAAAAUGUGGAAAAAGUCUAGGGGUGUGAAUACUUUCUGAAGGCGCGGUAGGUAGAGUAGAUCUUUCCUUUGUCUGGCCCUCCGGUGGCUACCGAGGAUGAAAAGCCAGCCUUUUUACAUACCGAUAGCGCCAUCUAGUGGAUAACCUAUAACCCACAUCAAAUACAAUGCAGUUUCGUUUAUUAUAGGUCGACAAUUAAAACAUAUCAGUAAUAUCAGAAGGAUGGUCUGAUAUUUCCUCAUGAAUGUGGUUUUGAAAAGUAUAUUUAUUGUGUAGCCUACUUCUCAGAGUCACACACAGACCGGGAAAGGGAUUCACUGUUAUUUAUACCCCUCCCUUCCCCCAAUGGUUCUCACAGAACAGUGUCUUGCCUGCAGUGUGAAUGGUAGCAGCCAGCUUCGUUCUGUGUCAUGACUUUGAGUUCUGAAAGCGCUUUUACUUUUAAUAAUGCGCCGCUACAUUCGUGCAUUCCUCGUGUGCAUGUUGUUUGCCGUGUUCUCGGCCUUGUACGUGUAUAGCAAACUAUUUUAUUCAGAUCUGUCGGUCGUCGGAGGAGGACUGGGUGAGAAGACUUUCCUCCAUCGAGCCGCGGCCUCUAAGCGAAGCGACAUUGGACAAGAAACCAGGCGAGGCCCAGACGAAACAGACCCAGGCGAUCAACUCUGGUACACUGGGUACAUCCUGAGGAAAGCAGAGGGCCGUGUGAGGACGGCUGCAGCCAUGCACCUGGCUGUCGUGGCCUGCGGACAGAGACUACAGGAGACUCUCACCAUGCUGAAGUCUGCUGUUAUGCUCAGCAUCAAUCCACUGUGCCUACACAUCUUCGCUGAAGACCAGCUGCACGCCAGCUUUAUAGAGGCUUUAGAGUCGUGGCCAGGGUCGUUCCGUUCCAGGUUUAACUACACUCUUUACCCCAUCACCUUCCCCCGUGAGAAUGCUGGAGAGUGGAAGAAGCUCUUCAAACCAUGUGCUUCUCAGAGACUAUUCCUACCUCUCAUCCUAAAGGAGGUGGAUUCUCUAGUCUACGUGGACUCGGACAUCUUGUUCCUCCAGCCUGUAGACGCUCUGUGGUCCCUGCUAGCUCACUUCAACGCUACCCAGCUGGCCGCCAUGGCGCCGGAGCACGAGGAGCCACGCAUCGCCUGGUACAGCCGCUUCGCCCGCCACCCCUACUAUGGCAGGACUGGCAUCAACUCUGGAGUCAUGCUCAUGAACAUGACACGCAUCAGGGCCACAUACUUCAAGAAUGACAUGACGUCAGUGGGUCUGAGGUGGGAGGAGCUGCUGAUGCCCCUGCUGCAGAAAUAUAAACUAAACAUGACCUGGGGAGACCAGGACCUGCUCAACAUCAUCUUCCAUCACAACCCUGAGUGUCUGUUGGAAGUCCCCUGCCACUGGAACUACCGUCCAGACCACUGUAUCUACGGCAGUAACUGUGGCUCCGCGGAGGAGGAGGGUAUCUUUAUCCUGCACGGGAACAGAGGAGUGUACCAUGACCUCAAACAGCCUGCCUUCAGGGCCGUCUACGAUGCCAUACGACAGUACUCAUUUAGGGAGGAUCCUGUGAGCUCUCUGCUGGUCCCACUGGAAGAAGAGCUGUUGAAGACGACCCGUUCAUACUGUGGUAAAUCACAUGUUCUGUUUACUAAGAGACUGGCUCACAGCCUGGCCAACGUCAACAGAGAUGCUCAGCGUCCACAUGGAUGGUAGUCUGAAGUCCUGGGCCUCCAGGCUGUCCUAUAGUGUUGUCAUGUUCAGAGAGGUGGUAGCCUGGGUUCUGUUCAUUAGAGCACACUGUAGCAAAACCUUUUGCAACGGAAAACUAAAAUGGGCGUUUCUUAUUGUUUCAUUUUGUCGUCUUCUGUUUCAUGACUACUUGGCACCUACAGCUACAUGGCUGAAUGAAUUUAUUUAUACAUUUUUAUUUAACUGGGCAAGUCAGUUAAGAACAAAUUUUAAUUUUACAAUAUCAGCCUACCCCGGGAAAACCCUCCCCUAACCCGGACGAUGCUGGGCCAGUUGUGGGCCACCCUAUGGGACUCCUGAUCACGGCCAGUUGUGGGCCACCCUAUGGGACUCCUGAUCACGGCCAGUUGUGGGCCACCCUAUGGGACUCCUGAUCACGGCUGGUUGUGGGCCACUCUAUGGGACUCCUGAUCACGGCUGGUUGUGGGCCACCCUAUGGGACUCCUGAUCACGGCUGGUUGUGGGCCACCCUAUGGGACUCCUGAUCACGGCUGGUUGUGGGCCACUCUAUGGGACUCCUGAUCAUGGCCAGUUGUGGGCCACCCUAUGGGACUCCUGAUCACGGCCAGUUGUGGGCCACCCUAUGGGACUCCUGAUCACGGCCAGUUGUGGGCCACCCUAUGGGACUCCCGAUCACGGCCGGUUGUGAUACAGCCCGGGAUCAAACCAAGGUCUCUAGUGACGCCUCUAGCAUUGAGAUGCAGUGUCUUAGACCACUUCGCCACUCGGGAGGAAGAGACUAGAUGGACGUUGGUGACUUCAUAUGCAGGAGAUACAUACUGUGUGAAGAAUGAUGUCGCUGUCAUCACUACAGAUCCCACAUCUUGUUCAGCGUUUCUCUGGUCAUAGUCAUCUGUAUAGGAGGCUAUAUGACAUUUCCAAUGCUGACGAGGCUCUUCUUUAAUAGUGCUGUCUGCUGUAUUCAAGAGGCCUUGCUCUCCAUAUUGGAGAAUGUGGUCUUAUCCGGCCUGCAGAACAGGACUAAACUCAAUCAGCCUUCCUAAGCUCAAUGGUACCUCUCCUAUUGACAAAGAGCUACUCUGAGCCCUCUGCCAUAAUGUGGACAGCAUAGUGCCAUGGGAGAAGAAGAAGGCACAGACAGGAAGCUGUUUUGGAGUUUGCUUGAUUGAAAAUGCACUUUUUUCAAUGGCAGUCUUUCCCCUUUCUAUUUUAAGAUAAGAGGAACAAGAUACGGAUUAAUGUGAGUUCUGGAUGUUUACAGUUUAUUGUCGUUCUUUAGUUUUUGUGUGAAUUUGUUUACUUCAGAAAUAGUUAGAAGCAGUACUUCUCUUUGUGUGUUAUUUUGUUUGUGAAGGUUUCAUUAGAUGUGGUAUGGAUGAAGCCGUGCGGGGAUGGAUCUGUUUCAGACACAUUGUCAGACAUUUAUACCAGUCUUUAUUACUCUGAUGUCAAUCCCCUUCUGUAAACAUGCUGGAACAUUGUCUUUGAAGAACCACUUUACUCUGCAGUCAGUCAGUUUUCAUGUGUUGUUCAGACGACAGAUCGGUACAUUCAUUUGCGUUGUGUUUUAUAACUAAUGCCAAAGUUCUUUUCACUGUUGAAUGUAUAUUUGAAACAUUGACCGUCAAAACAAACAACUUCCUUCUGUCUGUCAUAGAAUGAUCUUGAAAUUGUUUAGUCAUUUUUUACAAUACAUAUCUUCCUAAUGAUUACUUUGUGUAUUUUUUGUAUGUGUAAACAGGUAAAUGCAGUAUAUUUUGUACCAGAAAGGUAGUACUCACCUUUUUGUAUAUGCCACUGUAUCUUAACCAACACGUAAUGUAUUCUGUUAAAUCCAGUAGGACACAAUUUGACAGCUUGCCACCAGAUGGCAGCAUUGCUGCAUCAUGAACAGCAGUUAGCUGGACUAGAGGAGAGACUGUCAGGUUCACCUAUUACAUGGAGGGGGAUUCAUGACUAAAUGUGGGACAAAUAUACACCAUUAACUAAAUGUAUGCCGUCAAAAUAUCUAUGCAGUAAUAAUGUUAUGGGGCGCUGCCUGUGUGGUUUAGAUGGGAGUCAAUCUGUCAAUAAAUCAAGUAUCAAUUCUU